UUUAGAGCCACUGUGAUCCAGGGCCCCUGGUUUGGGCGGCCCUGCUGAUUCAGGCGGAUAGAGAGCAGGAGGAGAAGGAGAAGGAGGAGGAGGAGGAGGAGUGUGUGUUUGUCAGCAGACACUGAAGAACCGGAGUCCCAGCGGCAGUUUAGGAGAGUCUGAGCGGGGAAAUCUGUGUCUAAUACAGGAGAACUCAGAAGGGGGAAUCCGCGAUGAGUUGGGGAACGGAACUCUGGGACCAGUUUGAAAAUCUGGACAAACACACUCAAUGGGGGAUCGACUUUCUUGAGCGCUACGCAAAGUUUGUCAAGGAGAGGCUGGACAUAGAGCAAAACUACGCCAAACAGCUACGGAACUUGGUGAAGAAAUACUGUCCAAAACGUGCUAAAGAUGAGGAGCCGAGGUUCACAUCGUGUCUGUCCUUCAACUCCGUACUGAAUGAGCUCAACGACUACGCCGGCCAGAGGGAGGUGGUGGCGGAGGAGAUGGCUCACAAGGUGUACGGAGAGCUGAUGAGGUACAGCCAGGACCUCAAAGCUGAGAGGAAGCAUCAUCUACAGGAGGGCAGGAAGGCCCAGCAGCAUUUGGACCAUUGCUGGAAACAGAUGGACAACAGCAAAAGGAAGUUUGAGAGAGAGUGUAGAGAAGCAGAGAAAUCCCAGAUUACCUACGACCGGUUAGACAAUGACAUCAACGCCACCAAAUCAGAGGUGGAGAAGGCCAAAGCCCAGUUCUACCUGCGCAAUCACAUGGCUGAUGAGAGUAAGAACGAGUACGCCGCUCAGCUGCAGAACUUCAACGCAGAGCAGUGGAAACAUUUCAACAACGCCAUACCACACAUCUUCAAGAAUCUGCAGGACAUGGACGAACGUCGGACGGUGAAGCUCGGAGAGACGUACCGGAGCUUUGCUGAGGCAGAGCGGAGAGUCAUUCCCAUCAUCUCCAAAUGCCUAGAAGGAAUGGUUUCUGCUGCCAAAGCUGUCGAUAUGCGAAAGGACUCAAUCAUUGUCGUGGAAUCGUUUAAGUCGGGCUUCGAACCUCCGGGCGACUUCCCCUUCGAGGACUUCAGUCAGAAUCUGAGCAGAGCGGGUUCAGACGGGACCAUCAGCAACACGCCCAAAGGAGACAGAGAAGGGGCCCCUGGGCCACGACCCGAUCCGAAACACCCUAUGAGCAGAACCAAGAACAAGCUGUGGCUGUUUGGGAAGAAACCAAAGUGGUCAGUCAAGAUGGCCCCAUCUCUGGAGGAUUUCAGCCACUUACCCCCCGAACAGAGGAGGAAAAGGCUGCAGCUGAGGAUCGACGAACUCAGCAAAGAGCUCCAGAAAGAGAUGGAUCAGAGAGAUGCCCUGAACAAGAUGAAGGAUGUGUAUGAGAAGAAUCCACAGAUGGGAGACCCCAGCAGCCUGCAGCCCAAAAUAUCAGAGACCAUAUGUAACAUGGAGAAGCUGCGCUCGGAAAUUCACAAAAACGAGACUUGGUUAUCUGAGGUGGAGGGAAAGCAAAGCUCCAGAGGAGACAGAAGACACAGCGCUGACAACCACCAUCACACUCCUCAAGGCAGAGAGAGUCCUGAGGGCAGUUAUACAGACGACACCAGUCAGGAGCAUCACACACCUCACAAGCGGCCCAGUCCUCCACAGCCCGGACAACCCAACCCCGACCCGCACGAGUUUGAUGACGAAUUUGACGACGACGACCCGCUGCCAGUCAUUGGACACUGCAAAGCGCUCUACUCCUUCGAUGGUCAGAACGAGGGGACACUAGUGAUGGCAGAAGACGAGGUGUUGUACAUCAUCGAGGAGGAUAAAGGCGACGGCUGGACGAGGGCGAGGAAGCAGAGCGGAGAGGAGGGCUACGUUCCCACCUCCUACGUAGAAAUCACCAUGGAGAAAAACUGCAAAGGUGCUGUCACCUACAUCUGAAGCUAACACUGUCUCUCUCAUCCUGUCUGUCGUCCUCUCCAUCCUCCCCGCUUUCUGUUCCUCAAAAUAACACUACAAAAAGAAAAAAAGACAGCAUCUCAACACCUGCAUGGACAUUCAUUUGUUUAUCUGAUUCCCAUCCCGUCUCUCUGUCCCUCCUGUUCAUCCCUCUAAUCCUGUAAUCAUUCGUCCUCCUCUCAUAUCUGUGGGACUGGUGGUUGAGAGGUGAGUGUCUGAGACAGAGACAAAUAGGAAAAACCUGAUGGUGUUUGAGUGAUUUGUAUAUUGUAUAUGAGGUGUGUGUGUGUGUGUGUGUGUGUGUGUGUGUGUGUGUGUGUGUGUGUGUGUGUGUGUGUGUGUGUGUGUGUGUGUGUGUGUGUGUGUGUGUGUGUGUGUGUGUGUGUGUGAUGUCUCCACUGCUAUUUUUGGGCCUCAUGUAAAGGCUACACCACUUCUUAUCGAUCAAAGUGUUUAAGUUCUAUGUAUAUAUUAGAAACAAUUUAUAUUUUAAUUAUGUUGAUGUUUCUGUUUUUUAAACUGGAGACGUUUAAACUGAUUUUAAGCUCUUUGGAUUCACGUGUCGACUUAAUUCGAAGAUGUUCUGAUUUCAUCUGUUUUUAUUUCUGAUUGGUGUGUGUGUGUGUCAGGAUGCACGUUUGUUUUUUCUGUGUUACCUGUGCCAUCACAUUAAAGAUGUAAGUGGAGUUAUUAUUAA